AUGAGUUGGGCAAGCAAAUCCUCCGCCGGCACCAACUCGUCCAAGUCGUCCCUCAGCAGCCAGAAGUUCGGGCUCAACGAAGACGACAAGAGUCCUAUCCUCGUGUACCGCUACCGCUCGGGCAGCAAGAGCCUUGAAGUAUCGUCACAGCAGGACCUCUGCAAGAAUCUCGACGCAGACCCCAAUUUGCAGAGCAUACGCGUUGCCCGCAAGAAGAUACCACGAGGCAACAGCCGCGUCGAAGUGCGUGGCGAAGACCUGUUCCCUGAGCAGGACCGCAAACGCUUCUCAGACCGGCCCACGGUGAAGAGCUGUUUAGCAAAUGUCGGGCUACCCUCGAGCGCAUACUGGAAGAACCUGCUGUUCAACUCGUUUCCCGAACUCUAUAUAAUAUCCAAGUCGCCCUCUACGACGCCCAAUAGCUCGGCAGACAAUUCUCCAGAGGCAUCGCAGCAUGUCACGCCGAGCACGACGUUUCCUCGGGAUCAUAUCAGUACGCAGGACCAUUCGUGA